AUGCCCGAGCAACUCAAGGCCAGCGAGGUGAACUCUAAGACGGACCCAUCCGUCGCAAAGCAAUACGACGAAGAGACCCCGAAAGACCAGCAAAUCAAAGACUUUUUCCAACUCGUCGACGGAAAGAAGAUUUGCAUGCUAAACACCUUCCGCGACGGCGUCGCAGGUCCUGUAGGACGCUCCAUGGCGCUCGCCCGCCGCACAGGACCCGACCUCCUCUUCCUCGCCAACACGCACUCUCAAAAAUUCUCCGAUCUAGCACAAAACACCAAAGUCCAAGUCACCAUCCAAGACACACGGUCUCAGGACUGGGCGUCCAUCACCGGCACCGCGACCACCUGCUCCAACUCGGAUCCGCGCAUCAAAGAGGUCUGGAGCCGCGGUGCGUCGGCGUGGUUUGGCGACUUGGGCGAUGGCGUGCAUAAUGGUGGACCUGAAGAUCCGCGCAUGGCGCUGAUUGAGGUUAAGGCGGAGUAUGUGGUUUAUUAUCUGGCCGAGACGGGGGCGUUGGGGUAUGUCAAGGAGGUUGUGGUGGCAAAUGUGGUCGGGGGCGUUGCGAAGACGGGGGUUUUGAGGGAGAUUAAGGGGGCAGAUGUUGAGAAGGCUAGGUCGAUGUGA